CUCUGCACGACCCCCGCGUCUUCGCUGGUGGGAUGUCCUGGCGGGCCCUCGCCGAUUCAUAUGAGGGGCAUGAACCCGGGUUCAUUACCGUGGGUAUGUUUCCCAUGCCGCCUCCGCCCCCAGGGCAAGUCGUCAUCCGGCCGUGGGAGCAGAACCAGACCUUUGUCGGCUUCUUCCCUGGGCCGGCGGCGUCGAUCUUUGACCUGCUCUUCAUGUUCGUGCUCAUGUUCAUUAUGUGGCUCUACUUUUCCUGCCGGAUGCACCCGUGCUCCAGCGUCAUGUCUGGCAUCACCAUGAUGUUCGUCCAGUCUCUCCUUCUUGUUGGCGCGUGGGUGACGGGGCCCUACGCUGGGACGGGGAUCGAGUGGCCAAAGGGGCCCAUCUUUUGCGUCUUCGUCUCGGGCCCCAGCUGCUGGGACAUGGACUGGCUCCAGUGGAUCCUCUUCAUCGUCCUCCUCCUCUGCAAUGCUGCAGGCACGAUCUCGGCGGUCCCCGCCGCCGGCGCCCUCGUGAAGCGCAUCUUCGACCCCGCGCUCUCCUCGUGGUCCUCGGACGAAUGGCUCGAGGACCCACGCCGCGCGCCCACCCUCACAAUCCUGGUGCCUUGCUACAUGCCCAACGAGCAGCAGCUGAUCCGGCAGACGCUCGACCACAUCCUGACCAAGCUGCGCUACCCGAAGCCGUUCCGGCUGGUGGUCUGCUACAACACUCCAAAGCCUCUCCCGAUCGAAGACGAGCUGGCGACGCUAGACGGCUCGCUCUACCCCAACCCGUCCGGAACCGGCGAGCACGAGCUUGUCAUCAUGCGCGUGGAGCACUCGACUUCAAAGGCGCACAACCUCAACGCUGCGAUGAAGGACAACGUCGUCAUCUACGACGCCGACCACCACCCCGACCCGGGCGAGACCUAG